AUGCCUCUGAGAGAUCUCCUCCACAGAAAGGACCGGCCAGAGAGCCAAAUCAGCGAGCCACCAACAUCCCCCACAGAAUUCCGCUUCGUGCGCACAGAUACACACUCGCAAGAAGUCAUCACCCCGCCGACAUUAGAAGACCCCUCAGCACUGUCGCCCCGGCGCAAAUCGCUGUUUCGCAGACACUCGCGCGCGUCCGAGGCAUCGUCGAGCCACGAUGAAAAGAGCGAUCGACGGUUAUCCAAUUUUUUGCAUCUGGACAAAUCGCUGUCGCGGAGUAGCAGCACGAGCUCGGUGAACGUGCCGUCGGAUCUGCCGCGUGUGGAAGAUAACUUGGCAGACGAGCAGGAUCGAGAGGCACAAUGGGAGAAGAGAGCAACCAGGCUGGUGCAGGGAAACCUGGGGUUGGGGGCUUCGCCGAAUGGAACUCGGAGUCGGAGUAACUCGAGAGUUUAUGAACCACAAGGCGAUCUCAGUAUCCAAGAGGCGAUUCGGCUUCAUGAAGGCGGAGAUCUCGAAAAGUCAACUGAAAUGUUUGGAACUCUCGCCGACCCCAACGGAGCGAAUAAUGCUUUGGCCCAGGUAUUAUACGGACUUGCACUGCGGCAUGGCUGGGGUUGCGAACAAGAUUCCAGGAAAGCAAUCACCUAUCUUUCCGCCGCGGCAUCAAACUCAGCGUCGGUAGAGGAGGAAGCGCUCCAGGCAGGACUCAAGAAAGGAGGAGCUGCAAAAGGAGAACUCGUUCUAGCUAUAUUUGAACUCGCCAACUGCUUUCGCAAUGGUUGGGGGACAGAUAAAGACCCUGUUGCAGCUAGGCAAUACUACGAAACCGCAGCCAACCUUGGAGAUACCGAUGCUAUGAACGAAGCUGGAUGGUGUUAUCUGGAAGGCUUUGGUGGAAAGAAAGACAAGGUAUUUGAUUUUCCUUCACUUUUGAUCGGCGUGCACGCAAUUGCAUGA